UAAAAUAGCUCAUUUUCUUCUUCUUCCUCCCCAAUUCAAACCGCUUCACAGAGGAAUCUCUCCAAUGGCGGCGACGGAGAAGCCAGUGAUGGUGAUCGGCAUCGACGACAGUGAAUAUGCAAUCGCCGCUCUGGAGUGGACACUAGAUCACUUCUCUUCAGCCAUAUAUCCUCCUCCUUUCAAGAUCAUCGUUGUCCACGCCAAACCGAUUCCCGAAACCUUCGUCGGAGUCGCCGGACCGGGAAUGGUUUUUGGAUCGGAACCUGGACUGUACCAAGUUUUGGAUCAGAAUUUGAAGAGAAAGGCCGCCAGAAUCAUCGAGAAAGCGAGAGAGAUCUGCGCCGCUAAAUCGGUGAGUGAAGUGAAGUUUGAGGUGGAAGAAGGAGAUGCUAGGUAUGUACUGUGCAAGGCGGUUAGUGAGCACAAUGCUUCAAUGCUGGUGGUGGGAAGCCAUGGCUAUGGAGCCAUUAAGAGGGCGUUGUUAGGGAGUGUAAGUGAUUAUUGCGCGCAUAAUGCUCCAUGCACUGUCACAAUAGUGAAGCCUAAAACUGGCGCCUGAAACAAUCAAAAACUCCAGGUAAGCUGCUUCUUGUUCUCCACUGUAAAUAAAAUAAAUGCAUUUUUCUUCCCCUUUUUUUCUUUUUUCCUUUUUCUUUAAUAAAUAUUUCUUUGUAAA